UACGAUAAACCACCAGAGGGCGCCGGUUGCUGUUUCGACUCACAGUCUUAUGUUCUCUAGUAAUCCCGAGCCGCACACACCAUCCCCUGCUGGUUGAAUCAACGCUGGAAUUCUGACACACUGCUUCCCGUUACCAUGGCGCAUCAAUGAGGAAAGAAAGGGGGAACUCGAUUACUUCAGCUUCAUUUUACCUUUGCAGUUAUGUCUCGGUCUAUCGGCUUUUUUUCGCCAUGUCAGAGUUCUCUGCUUUCCUUUUCUUCUCAGUGCUGUUGAUUUUCUCCGAACAUGGGCUGGUGAUGGUGGAGAGUGGCAGGGCCGCUGCCGACCUGGGUACCGACAUGGGAAACAACAAUAUCGACACGAUCACCGCCCAGGAGGAGCCGAACACCAACCAGCAACGCCAUCGCCAGAAUCAAGUGCAGAUGGCAUCUGUAUCAACAUCAGUAUCACUGUUUACAUUAAAAGUUCAAGUCAAUGAUCUUGUGAGCCGCCAGUACCUUAGGCAAGCUGCCGUUGAAGUGUUUGUGAACUACACUAGGACCAAUUUCGCAUAUACAGAGGAAAAUGGAGCUGUGCUACUGAAAGUACCGUACAAACUGGGAUUAACUUUAACAAUUGUGGCACGUAUGGAUGGCUAUGUGUUAACACCAUUGCCUUGGAAAACAGCAAAGAUGCCAAUAUUUUCCUCUGUGACCCUUUCGCUGAUUCCACAAAACCAAGGCAACAUCUGGCUGUUUGAAGAUUCAGUUCUGAUAACUGGAAAAAUAUCAGAUGCAAAGUUACAGCCCAGCAUUCAGUUUCCAAAGAAUUUACUAAAACUGCCAGACCGCUCCAAUAUCUCUGGCGUGACUGCCUACCUAACACUGCCUCAGCUACCUACUGAAAAAGAUUUCCCUCUUUACACAAUGGGGAUUCAUAUCAACAGAUCUGGUUACAAGAGUAUAGAACUGACCCCUGUGGCUGCAGUUAGUGUCCAUCUCUUCUCCAGUGGCAAAGAGGUCAAAGUCACCGGUCCAAUUCAAAUCAUGCUGCCUUUACCAGGGAAUACUAAAGUGAAACCCGCAGAUGCUGUGGCUGCAUGGGCAUUCGAUUCACAAACAGGUUCAUGGGUUAACAGAGGACUGGGGAUGGUGAAGCAGGAUGAGGAUCGUGUUGUUUGGUCAUAUGUAGCUCCUCACCUUGGGUACUGGAUAGCCGCACCUUUACCUACAGGAGACGGUAUUAUUGGACGUACAACAACUUUGAUGGACUUUUCCUCUUACCACACUUACCUUCUCAUGGCCAUUCUAGGAGGAACUGUUGUAAUUGUUUUUGGAUUUUUUGCUGUACUUUGUUGCUUUUGUAGGGGAAGAGUUUGUGAGCCACAGAAGAGUGAACAAGAUGUCAGUAAAAUGGAGGUCUUAAGGAAAGACCAGGCCACUUCAACUAAUGGAAACCAGUCCAUUUCCUUUAAGGAAUCAGCCAGACAUAAUGAAAAAUCCUCCAACACGCCCAUGAUGUCUUCCAGGGAUGGUUCUCGUAGAGAUGAAUCUGCAUCUACAAGACAGAAAGGGAACUUUAACAUCUAUGUUGAUGAUGUUGGGCUUCCAUCUGCAAAACACUAUAAUGAAAAUCAAGGCAACUCUGCCACUCAGCCUGAAAGCUGCAGAUCUCAGCACCAGCCAACCUAUGUUAACAGCAGUGAAACUGUGAGGUCUAAAGAAAUGACAGAGCAGCAAAGAGUACAUCUUGCUCUGAAUGAAAACAUAUACAGAAUUAGCCACAUUCCAGAAAGAUUAGUGCACAUUUAUAACCAACCAGUAGCCAUUCUGCAGGCUCCAGAUCUCUUUAGCACCCCUGAGCAGCUAUCAGGUUGCAAGUCUGCUACUUUACCAAGAAAGGGACAGCUGGUAUACAACCCACUGAUGGAACCCAUGAGCAAAGACAGCUACACACAAACACUCCCCAAAAUGCCGCUGCUUUCACAUCUCCAGCCAGAGACCUGCAGGCAACAGGAGGUCCCUAAGGGUCCACAGAGUUUAGCCUCCAACCCAGAGACCUGGGCUAGAUACAGCAGCAGCCUACUGGAGUCGGUGUCUGUUCCGGGGACAUUGAAUGAAGCCGUGGGCAUGAGUCCAUUCUGCAGUGAACUUCAAGGCAUUUCAGAGCAAACUUUGCUGGAGCUGACCAAAGGCAAACCCUCCCCACACCCGAGAGCGUGGUUUGUGUCACUGGAAGGAAAACCCAUUGCCCAAGUGAGGCAUUCAUUUAUUGAUCUUCAGAAAAAGAAGAAACCUACGAAUAGCAAUGACACCAGCCUGGACUCGGGGGUGGACAUGAACGAACAUCAUCCCAGCAGAAAACUGGAAAGGGAGAAGACCUUUAUUAAGGGUAUGCCUCACAGCAAAAUCCUCUACACAGAGGACUUUGAUUUGAGCAGCAGUGAGAGUGGGACAACUGCAGCCUGCACCCCUGAAGAUCCAUUAUUAAGACACAUACUGGACAGUGGGAGUGGACAGAUUGGGGAGGGACAGCCAGAUGGAGAACAGGCAGAGGCAACAAGCACCCAAGAAGAGAGUGAGAGACAGUCAACUCCACCAUCAAAAAGACUGAGAAGGAACAAAGGGAAAUCGGACAGCAAAUCAAGUGGAUGGACAAAAAGGGAGGAAAGGCCUCUUAGGUCUUUAAACUAGAUAUUUUCUAAACAGGUCAGGUCAGGGGGGUGGUAAAGGCAUAACAGUAUCCCAGUAUUUGGUAAUGCACAUUGUCUAUUUCAAUUGAUUCUGAAUGUGCACUUUUACUUUUAACACAAGCAUAGUGUAGUGUUGUCACCUGACUCAUCAACAAGAGGAUUUAUACUUUUUGGUGAAAAUGAAUGUUUAAAAAUAUACAGUAUUUCUUCUAGGUCUCUCUUGGACUUUUUCAGACAUGAAAACCUUUUGAACAAUGCAGCAUUGAAAAAGGAAAGAUCUGUGUAGGUUCAAGCCUGUCUCUACAUAGUUCAUUUGAUUGGCUUCUGCCGAUGCUUGAAACAGUACAGCUGUAUCUGUAUGCUGGGGUACUCUUCACUUCAUGGUGUGUCCCAAUGGUUACAGGGCAAUGGUAAUGUUUAAUGGCCCUUGGUGUAAAUCUGGUUUAGCAUUGUUGCUCAGUCAAAUAACACAAGUAGUUGUCUGUACUCUGUAAUGAGCAGGAUGCAUUUUCAACAAGCCUACUGAAGAACUUGCAUGUAAAUAUGAAUUUGAUGGAAACUAACCUGCCUGGUUUUUCAUCAAAUGAUAUAUAUGCACAGUUUUAUUUGCCGAAAAUGUGCAAUGUUUUUUGUAUUUUUUUUUUCUUGUGAAAUUAUUCUUACCCAGUAAUGUACAGGAGUUAAUGGUACUUUUCGUUCUGUGGUAUUUCUCUAUUAUUGCUUCCGAGCUAUAAUAUUUAAAGCACAUUAAAAAGACUUAAUGUAAGUUGAAUAUGUAACACUUCUAUUUACCUUGCUUUUGGCAAUCAGUACAUAUGUACUAACAAUAUAACAGUUUGGUAAAUAUAUUUAUUAAGAGAAAUAACUUAGGCCUAUAUUUUAUUAUAAAUUAUUGAUCCCUACAGUUAAUACAUAUUUGACCCCUACAAGUUUCUAGAAUGGCCAAAAGCUGAAGACUACAAUCCAAACUUGCACUUAAAACAAGCAAUCUUUGCAAAUGUGGAUGGUAUAAUGAAUCAGCACAUAAAUACAGUAGCCUACAGGUGUUGCUAAUGGUGCAUGUUAGUGGCUGAAAGAUCCAAGUUCACCCUAACCAUAACAAAUGGUCUUAGUCAUAGACAUUAUAAACCAGAAAGAACUGGCAACCUACUUUUGCAGUUGUAUGGUCAUACUGUAUAUAUCCUUCAUUUAAAAAGAGAAUACCUGUACCUGAUUAUUGCAUAGGCUAGCUUUUGUGCUUCUAGGUUUGUACAUGUCAAACUGUAGUAUUGACCAAGUGCUAUUUUGUGUUUUGCCACUUUUGCCAUUUUAAACAAUAUUUUAUGGGACACUGGUAUUUAUUUACCAAUCAAAUAUUACGGAAACCACAGAUUGCCCGACCUGUUCUGUUUGUCUGAGUAGUCCUAUUAAUUCUUGUGAAUGAACGUUUGCUUUCCUUCUGCAUGUAUUAAACUGGCUUUAGGGUACUCUUGUGAUAAAAGGUGAUUUGCACUCAGAUCUUUUUUGCUGGCAAAACACUUCUUUUUUUUUUCUUUCCCCCAGAUGAAACUAUUGUUCACAUAUUUUGGAAAUAACCAUUAUUUAUUUUUGUCUGCUGAUUUAAUAUCAAGAUAUCACAAAGCCAGCAAUACAAUAUGUUGGUUAUUUCAUAAGAAACUUUUGCAGCUUAUUUAUUUUGAACAUUUUGUUAUUGAUUUACAUUCAAUUGUAAAACAUGUUUCACUACCAUCCAUGGUGCAUUAAGUUUUAAUACCUGUGUGUCUGUUAAAAGAUAAAUUCAUACUAAAUGUUAUACAUUUUUGUCAAUAGAACUUGCUAAGCAACACAUGUAUUUCAGUCACUGAGGAUAAGAUGUUUCUUCACUAGCAAUCAUUUCAAGCGUGUUCCCUUUGUUAAUUACACACUCAUUUUAUUCCAAUCACCAUCUUGUUUCUUUAAGCCAGGCAUUUUGCAUGAUGUAGUUUUUAUUUCAUAUCCACUUACUGUAGGCAUUCCUGUUUCAUUUUUGGGGUAAAUCUUGUAAAGAAAGUUCAUCUUUUUAUAUAAAUAUUUUCUUCGAAUUGGAAACACUCCAAAUUCAAGCAGUGAUUUUUGUUCCUGUAACCAAUUUGAAAAUGGAUUAAGCAAGGUUUCUUAUCUAUUACUAUUUAUAUUUCCCUAAUUAUAUAUAUAUAUAUAUAUAUAUAUAUAUAUAUAUAUAUAUAUAUAUAUAUAUAUAUAUAUAUAUAUUAUUCUUUUUAAUGAAUCCACCACAGGUAUAAUUGUUAAGCACAAGCCUUUGCAGAGUAGUGUUCAGCCAUAGACAGAGAUGUGGCAGUAAUCCCUGGUGAGAUGAAGUUUAAAUAGCAAAGGAACUUCUGUACAAAUUUCUGGGCAAUCUGGGAAAAUACAUACAUGACUGUUCGUCACUGCCAUAUGUUUUAAUGUCCACUGUAACGUGAAAUGAAAUUUUCCUGCACAAACUUACAGAAACUGUAUGAUACAGGGUCUUCUAGAAAUAUUCUGACAGUAAGUGACAUUUCUGGUUAGAUUACAUUUAAUAUAUAUAUAUAUAUAUAUAUAUAUAUAUAUAUAUAUAUAUAUAUAUAUAUAUAUAUAUAUAUAUAAAUAAAAAGGUGAGUCACAUGUGAUAUCGUUAUAUAUGUGUAGGUUUAAUAAAAACAAAACUGACUCCUUUCUAAGGGAUAUGGUAGUAUUUAACAUUUGAAGGAAAACAAGGUUUCAAGAAUGCAUGGUUGCAUGUCCUUCAUAUAUACUACACACGAGGUUUCAUUUAUAUGGAAGUUACUGUUUUUGUUCAGUGUUUUAUACCAAAAAAUAAAUGUUCUGCCUUUUGUGUACUGUUUUAACGUUUAAUAUAAAUAAAAGUAAUUGCUAGAAUAA